GUCAAUGCAGUGCGGGUGACGUCCGGGCGUCCCGCUUUGGUGCAAUGAAUGAGGCAUCAACUUCAACUGGGCCGCCAGUAGUGCAGCCCAAACCUUCUGGAGCAUCCGCAAGCGCGAUUAUCGUCCGGAGGAACCAGAAGCAGAAUCCUGUCUUGAAAAUGUUUCAAAACGUUCCUUGGCAGUUUGGAGACAUUGUAUGCGAUUAUCAAGUUGGAAAGACGACAGGCGUAUUAUUUCUCAGCCUGAAAUAUCACCGCCUACAUCCCGAAUACAUUCAUGGGCGUAUUGCACAACUCGGGAAACACUACACUCUGCGCAUACUGAUGAUCUUGUGUGACGUUGGGGACCAACACGAAAACUUGAUCCGUGAACUUACCAAGGUUUGUCUCAUCAACGAGCUCACCAUCAUGGUUGCAUGGAGUUUCGAAGAGGUCGCAAUAUACUUACAAACCUACAAAGCUUUUGAAAACAAAUCUGCAGAUAGCAUCAAGGAAAGAGUCGAUCAAGACUAUUCCUCCAUUCUCCGCGCGGCGUUGACUGGCAUCAAAGGAGUCAACAAGACGGACGUUGUUUCCCUCAGAACGCAUUUCGGCUCCUUCUCGAAUAUAGCACAUGCUUCGCCGGAAGAUCUCGCUAAUUGUCCGGGAAUCGGGAGCGUCAAAGUUCGCCGUCUGAACGAAGCCCUUGCUCAGCCGUUCCGGCGCACAGCUGGUUCUAGUGCGAGGCACUCCGGGGAGGACCAGGGUGGAAGCUCGUUGCCGAGCAGUGCUGUGCCACGAGUCCUUGACUCUAACGCACCAGGACGACCAGAUGUCCAACCAGCGGAACAAGAUUCACGCCUGAGGCCGCCACGUUCUCCAUCCCCUCCAUGGGAUAUUGAUCUCGACCUUAACCCCUCCGAAGAUGAACCGGACUCUCAUCGCUUCUCGGGCGCCAAUACUUUACGGCAGCGAGAGCCCAGUCCAGACUGGGAGAUUGACUGGUCAAAAGAGGAAGGGGCUGCAGAGCAAAGUAACUACAUCGAGCAGGAAGAAACCACAAGCCCACCCGAAAGAAAAAAGCGGUGCACAAAUCCAUUCUCGUCCACGCCGCUAUAACCUCCACUUAUGCAACAAUUUUUCGCCUAACGCGACAUAUACACAAUUAUACGGUAAUGAGAGUAAAAGCAUUGGGCAAUCUGGAAAAUAAUAAGUUAUCCCAAAGAAACAUCCCAAAAUCACCCCAUUUCAAGCAGAAAUUGACUUUUCGGCGACAGCACAUCUAAUUUCGGAAUGAAAUGGCUGUCUAUCCUCCCCCUGCCCGAUCGGCUUGGCUCUAACGAUUCAAUGGUAGAAGCCCUUUGAUAUAAAAGCCUCAUUCGGAGACGAUGCAUGAGAUCCUUCGCCAUAGUACGGUCCAAGUGAGAUGCUCG